AUGAACUUCUGCACUCUGCGUCCACCCAACGACCGGUUCUUGAGCGACGACAUCGUCGGAGGAGUCGUGGAGCGCCGGAGCUCGGGCCGAUACUUCCGCCCCGACAACUAUCAGCACAGUGCAGUUCGUGCCAAUAAUAAUGAGUGGCGUCAGUCGAGUCAGCCACGUGUGCAGCCCCAGGCUCCAGAGUACACGCGUGCACGCCAAGUACAGAACUCUACCAACAAUACUUUGACCAGACCUGGCGCGAUCAUCCCGGAGAGAGACGCCAUUGCAGUGCUUGGCCUGCUGUCUCUAACGGGCGAGAAGAGGAAGAGGGAGUCGGAGUCGCCCAAGAACAGUUAUCCCAGUAACAAGUCUCGGUACACGGAAGCCUGCACUCCGCAGCACGAGACGGACACCGAGUCUCUCAACAGUGAUAAGCAGGAGAACUACCACAGAGAAGAAGAAAACUACCGUCGGGAGAGACAGAAGAAGGAGUACGAUCGCAUGACCAGUCUCGAGAAGGAGACGCGGCAGCUACGGGAAGAAAUUAUGAGCUUCGAGCAGCAGCGUCGCGCCAUCUCCGCCGCCUUGCCGGCGCAGCAGAACGGGUGGGACGUUGCAUUGGAAUACUUCCAGCAGUUCCGGUACGGCCUCCAGUCUCGAGGAUGCUCCAAUGCCAUUAGGCCUACCAACGCCCAGAUCGACUUACUGCGCACUGCCAUGGUCCCUGACGUGGUCUUCAACUCUGGGCAGGGCGUGGAGGCGAUGAUGAGGAGCUGGAAGUGCCUGUCAAUGUGGUUCCAAGACGUGGAGCUGGAGAUCGAAGGUAUAGACAGAGGCGCGGCCGGCUCGCUGGUCGCGAUCGCCAGGACGAGCGUCACCAUCACGGAGCGGACACUACGCAACGUGUUCCCGCACCUGUGCAGCUCCAGCAGCAACCGCAGACUGGCGGACCGACUGCUGGGCCAGCGCAUCGUCAUGCGCGGACUCACGCGCUUCGAGUGGGACGGCUUGAGCGGCCGUUUCACGAGCGUCAUGGCUCACUCCGACCUGUUGACGCCGAUGCUGCGUCUGCUUGGCAGCGUGGAGGACGCGUCGCUAGUGUUCGACCGGUCUAUCAUCUCGCCCGACUUCCAGUGGAGAUCGAGUCGAUAA